CAGACGACAGACAAGUUGCGUCAUUAGCACCGCACAGUCACAGUACAGCUGUGGGCAUCAAUUCCAUGCAAGAUGGCGAGUGCUGAAAGUAGCGACUCCAGUUCUACAGCAUGGUUUGUCUAUCCUGAGACGGGGCUUCGAAGGAAACUGAAGCUGAAAAAUGCAACCCCGAAGAAACUAAAACAAGCUCUCAAGCUGCCGGGGUAUCCUGACCAUCUUAUCGACAUAGAAGAGGAAGAAGCCAUCUUCUUAGACGAGGAUGGUAAUGACAGCCUGUUCCCAGACUUGGUGCCCGACAAAGAGUACGAAGUCCAAGUUGGAGAUGUUGGUGACGUCACUGUGAACACAGCUGAGAAAGUCCCUACCUCGAAACCAAAGAACCUGCGGGCAGGGGACAUCCAGCGCGCGUUGGUGUGCUGUCAGGCUGUCUAUGAGGAGACACCAGAAGCCGUACAGGAGUUCCUGACCACAGAACUGACGAGCCAUGACUUCGGCAGUGCUUCUGUGUCCUGCUAUGGGCCAGUGUCGUACAUGGUGGCUGAGACUGAGGACAAGGAUGAAGUCUUUAUUGCCUUUAGGGGCACCGGUAAGUUAACGGACGUGAUGGCCAACUGUUCCGACUGGCAGCAGCUGGCAUCAAGCGGACCUGACGAAAGCCAGACUGCAUUGGGAGGGCGGUGCCAUGCCGGGUUUCUUAAACUGGCCUCUACCAUCCCAGUCGACCCCUUCUUGCAGAAGUACCAGUCAUACAGCCCUGCUGACAAUGCAGAAGGGUGCCAUCGCAUAGUUCUGUGUGGACACAGCCUUGGUGGUGCCGUGUCGCACAUCGUCGCGCUCAACAUGCUGGUGGAGCUAAAGAGAAGGGAACUCCCCACCGACAACAUCAUGUCCAUCGCGUUCGGGGCGCCUUUCUUCGGUGACGAGGGCCUCCGUUCCUACGUGGAGGAGCAGAACCUGUCCGACUGCCUACUGACCGUGGUGAACCAGAAGGACCCUGUGCCGCGAAUUCUACGAUUGGCGGAAGCCGUUCAAACUGCUGUGACAACAACAUCUGCUAAUUAUAAGGAAAGAAACUAUUCUAUUAAAGUAUACGUUUUCUGCAUGGAAAGCUGUGACUUAUUGCAUACGGUAUCUAUAUAUGACGGCUGGUUCUUGUAAUAACUUUUUACACGGUUUACACGAGGCAAACAAUGUCUUAUGACUAUCGACGCGUCCUA